CACUUUCUGACUUUUCUCAAAACAAUCACAGCACCAUGGGCACGUCCACCGAUCUUUUUCUUCAUACCUCACCUUAUUAUACACACGACGGCGCCGCCCCCAAAGUCAAAGCUCUCUUCGUCCAUGUACGGACAUCGGCGUCGGAUUUCAACGACACAUUGCCCCAAUUCCUCACCGUCCUCUUUAAUUCUUCCAAUAGUUCUCUAUCACUCCACCGCCUUCUCAAUCAUCCCCUUCCUCACUCUAUCUUCGCCGCCAAGCUCAGCAUCUGCUUACGGCGGCGGCGGCGGCAGCGUCCUUCCCAACCCUUUUCCUUCCAACUGUUUCACGAGGAAGUCUUGUUGUUAAAGGGAGCUUUGAUCGAACAAAAAAACCAACGUCGCUGGACGUUGGACUGUAAAUCUCAAGUUCAUCUUCUACAGUCUUAUUCGCACCCAAUUUCAGAGCUUCAGCUUUGUUUUGCUUUCGAUGAUGGAAACCUCGCCGCCACGAACUGGGUGAGGCUUGCGAAUCCUAAGGAGAGAAUAAAACAAUGGGUUAUUAGUGGUGGUUACUUAGAGCAGAUUCCAGAGGAAAUGGAGCUUCCUUCAGAGGAUUCUCAUGAGGUGUUGGAGGACUUAGAACGACUGAGACGUUCCGUCGAUUUGGGAAUUUGGGUUCUGUUCUUGGGAGUCGGAGUUGGGUAUUUGGUUUCUAGAGCUUCUGCUCGAAAGUUCCGUCCUCAUUUGAAUCUUUAAGCUGGUGUUUCUUAAUGGUGACAACGCUUAAAUUAUGAUUUGAUUUUUAUCUAAA